AUGAGUUUGAUAAGUAAAACAACAACAGCUGAAACAGCUGAACAAACCCUGAAGACAAUUACUUACGGAGGUCAACGCGUAACGUCGCAGACUACAGUCACACAAAAUGAUAAUAUUGAAUCGUUGAACGAUGAGAAUACUCCAAUACAAGCACAAGUUUUCAGUUUGGAUCCCUCGAUGCCAAUCGGAAACAGUGGUGUCCGUCUGGUCUGGAAGGCUUAUAUUCAGACACCAGUUCGAUUGACCGAAGCGGACGUCUGGCCUAUCGAUAAACCGGAGCAAUUCGGAAGCAUUGCAGUGGACAAACCAAUCACGUUCACCAUGAACAAAACAGUCCGUGAUUAUCGCCAUAUGCUUCCGCUAUUGAAUGAAAUAUCAGAUCAACGAAGACGCCGUGAUUCGUCUCACGCUUCCCGCCUCACAACCACUAGGCAGUACAUUUGUGGUUUUCGGGGACGCAAGGCACCGAGAUUCUUGAAAACGUUCCCGUCCAAACACCCACAUUUCCCGCCAUUACAACGAUCAGUACAGUUUGAGGAUUUUAUGAAAAAUUUCGCGGUAGGCAAUUCCAGCGAGAGCAGCGAGACAAUCACAUAUAAUACAGAAAACACGUCGUUGUCAGUGGGGUCUACUUCGGAACAGUGGAAGAAUUCAGAUAAACAAUCCGAGUCCAGUGAUUCUGAGCGAAAAAUCGAAAAAGAAACGAAAACAUCCCUAGUCAAGCGCAGAGCAAAGCGCACUUCACUCUCCUCGAUUGGAUCGGGUGCAACACAGUCGAAAAGUAGUGUAAAGGUUCGCAAAAAGAGUUCCCGUGUACGAAACAAUUUUCCUUUAUUACCGUUCCAGUCCACGGUUCAUCGGACAAUGGCUGCUUUGCAAUCUAUGCGUGAUCAACGAGACCAGUCCGAAUUUACCGAUAUGGUCCAGGGUGCUAUGAUACAUCUAAAUGGCGGGGCAUUCAGUGAUGUGGAUGAUGUAAUUCCAAAUGCAGAUUUUUCACAAAUGAGACAAAGUCAUACAUCAUCCCAGUUUGGCUAUUCCACUGCUUUCCACAGACCAACGGUGAUUGAUAUGGCUGAUGCACUGACGGGGAUGGAAAUUUUGGACGCGAAAAUACGGGAUUACGAUAUGCAGGUCCCGAUCAAAUCGGACGAUUUGGAUAGACUCCGCAAAUUGUACCAGGUCACUAUUAUGCGGGAACCUAUUCUCAGAGAGCUACUGACCAGUUUUCGUUUAGACGCUCUGCCCAAUUAUUUGCGUCAUUUGGUUCGCAUGGGCUCACUGUACAGACAAGUUUCUCAAUUCGAGCGAGGAAUGGACGAAAGACCGUCGGGACGUAACCCAUUUGAGAUGAAACCGCUUUCGCACACCGAUAUAGCUCUAAAUGACUGUGAAAACUUGUGGAUUGAGGCUCGCAUCCUAACUGCCGGACUGUUUGUGAAAUGGAUGCGUAGAAUCAAACCGAAUCCAAUAUAUUUUCAACUCAGUUCCACUGAAGUGAAAGAGCAGUUGAAAAUUUUCGGAAAAAGACUUCGUGAUAAUAAUACGAUUCCGACAUCAACUGUUCGUGAAGAUUUGCAUUCGGCUAUUGCAGCCUGUGCAGAGAUUCCGGAGUUCAUGCCCAUUUUGUGGGAAAAUGUUGAUGAAUGGUUUGAUAAUCUGAUUGGCUGCUUGUCCAGCGCAGACCGAACGGUUCGGGAGCAAACGUGCUACGUCCUGGCCUAUUUGUUCACCGACAUUAAAUUGGCCGAAGCAAUACGAAAUAAUUCUGUAAUUGAUAUCGGAUACGAUGUGACCACGGCCGUACUACACGCGAUCGAAACAAACACAGCCAGUUUCAUGCACUUCUAUUGCCUGCUGGCCUUGAUGGUUGAAGGUUGUCCAACAUUCAGCAUUCUGAACGCGAUCAUCGAUGUGGGACCUCACUCGAACAGUACGCUGCUCAAUUAUAUUUGGCCACGCCUGAUAUAUUAUGCUUUGAAAUAUUGGAAUAGUAAACAAUUUUUGCGCGAUCGUGUCUUGUUAAAAACACUGAACGAAUGCAUUGAAAAGGCCUAUGUGCGUGGCAUAUCACGAAAAAAUGCCAAACUGGCACAAAUUCAACUGAGUCGAAGAUUUAAAAUUCUCACAAAACCAACAACCGUUUGGUUGGACGAGUGGCGAAAAGUAGAGGAAUAG